AUCCCUCAAAAACUCCGCCCCGCGGACGCCAAGGCCCGCCUUUUUCUGAGGACGCAACCCGCCGCGCUGCCGGGCCCGGGCACACGCGUCGCACAAUGAACUGCGCCUGCGCCAGCAAACGCCCCGCCCCUCCUCCCCGGUCUUCUAUAAAGCCUCGAGCUUCUCCUCGCGAGAGAAUUCGUUCUCAUGCUCGCUGCAGGGGUCGGAGGUCAGAGCGAGCGUCUCGCGGGCGGUAGGAGGAAGAUGGCGGUGGAGUCGCGCGUUACCCAGGAGGAAAUUAAGAAGGAGCCGGAGAAACCGAUCGAUCGGGAGAAAACGUGCCCGCUGUUGCUGCGUGUUUUCACCACCAAUAACGGCCGCCACCACCGAAUGGACGAGUUUUCCCGCGGAAACGUACCGUCCAGCGAGCUACAGAUCUACACUUGGAUGGAUGCAACUUUGAAAGAGUUGACUAGUUUAGUAAAAGAAGUCUACCCAGAAGCUAGAAAGAAGGGCACACACUUCAAUUUUGCUAUUGUUUUUACAGAUCCUAAAAGGCCUGGCUAUCGAGUAAAGGAGAUUGGCAGCACCAUGUCUGGGAGGAAGGGGACUGAUGACUCCAUGACCCUGCAGUCGCAGAAGUUCCAAAUAGGAGACUAUCUGGACAUAGCAAUCACACCUCCAAAUCGGGCACCACCUCCUUCAGGGCGCAUGAGACCAUAUUAAAUUUUAUUUACUAUUUCUUGAAUUAUUUUUCAUUCAGUUAUGUAAAAUAAAUUCUUUUUCUUCCCCUCA